AUGGAAUGGCUGUUACAAGGCCUGCUUGGGGUUGAAGGGGACAUGGAGCUUCUCUGGAGCCAGUUGAUGCAUGCCCUGGCCUGCAGACACUGUGGCAGCAGCUGCCUCCAGAGUCCAGGGAAUCUGGUGACACUAUUCCUGUUCAUGAUUUGGCAGAUCCGGAGGUGGUGGCAGCUUGGGAGGCGGCGACAACUUCAACCCUGGUACUGUGUGGACAUGAUGCAAGGCAAGGGCCUACCACUUCUGUACAAUGUGGCUUUCUUUGAUCACCUGUGGAAGCAGAAGUCAGAGGAUGAAGAAGAGGAGGAGGAGGAAGAAGAGGAGACAUCUCUGGAUCCAAUGAAGCCAUGUUCAUGUCCCACAGAAGCUUCCAUUGGAGAGCAAGCCACCACAGCCCCAUCUCAACCAUCCUGUGGUUCUGAGGACCUCCACAAAGCCAUAAGGACACCAAAUCAAGUACAAACACAGAGCCCAAGCUCUUCCAGAUCCUUUCCCACCUUUCAGAUCCUGACCAACCUGCCUGUGAGGAACAAAACAGAAUCAGGAAGCUAUCUACGUCAGAGAAAAAGCCAGCUCUUCUGGGGUCUCCCCUCUCUGCACAGUGAGUCCUUGGAAACCAUCUUCCUGAGCUCAAGUGGCCCCUCUCCCCUGAAGUUGUCUGUUGGUCCCUCUGUAUUCUUCAACAAGCUUGCCUUCCUGACUAGGUCCAAUCUGCUGCUUCCCCAGUAUUGCUCCCCAAUUCAGCCUCUUACCCAUAAAAUCUGUAUUACAGAGGAUCUAGAAGGGAUAGCCCUUGAUCCUCAGCAACUUCCUCCUCCUUCUUCCCCUUCUGUCCCAUCACUACCCUUCCAUCUUAAGUCCUUUCCCAUGGACCACCAGGGAGUCCUAUGUGGUGCUAAGGCAUAUACACAGUGGCUUAUGCGGCAGAAAGAGGUCCCUUGGAUCGCUGAGGAUCAACCCCUGUACCUACAGCCUGAACUCCAAAGAACCAGACCUUCUAAGCUCUCCCUCUUAUCUGAGGUUUGGUGGGAUGUGCCACCAGAUCCCAGGGUCCAACAACACAUCCUGGAUUCACUCUCUGACUCUCCACUGUAUCCUCCUAGCCUUCUGGGAGUCCUGACAAGGCUUGAGGCCCCACGGAGGACUAUGGGACAAAAUGAGGACACCAAGGCCACUGAACCUGUAAUGCCAGCUCCCAGCACAAAUCCGGCUUCCCUUUCAGAACUCCAGGAAGUCACCCCUAUAGAAGGCUUGCCUGCAGCUAAGGCCCUCUGGGAAACCACAAAGCAAAUAAAGUAUCCUCAAAUCUCUGAGCCUUCAAUCCUGGUCUGUUGCCAAUCUGCAGACCCCAUGACAGAGACACAAGAAACCAGCCCCCUGGGAGUUCCACCUGGAUAUAAAACUCAGUGGAGAACCGCAGGACAUAAAGAGAGUUCUCAAGCCUUUGAGCCUUCAAUGCCAGCUCCCUGCCAAGUCCGAGAUGCUCUGUCAGAACUCCAGAAAGUCAUCCCUGAAGGAGGACCUUCUGCACCAAAGGACUUCUGGGAAACCAUGAGUCACAGAGAGAGCCCUCAGACCUCUAGGUCUCCAAUGCCAUGCCCUUGCCCUCCCCUAGGUCCCCUGCAAGAACUCCAGGGAGAAAGUUCUCAGGAAGAUCCAUCUAGGUAUAAGCCCCAGUGGGGACACAGAGAAAAUUCAGGAAACCCAUGGGCCUUUAGGCCCCCAGCCCUGGACCUCAACCCAGCACUCUACUCAACCAGCCCUAUGUAUGUCCCACCAAGAUCUGAGACUUCAUGGAAUGGUAGGGAGAGUAGAGAAAAUCUUUGGGUCUCUGUAGACCCCAUUUCUUCUCCCAGGCUUCCUCCAUCUUCCUUGCUGGUAUCCCUAGGAAUGAGUUCCCAGGGAAUAUUGUCUGACUCCAAAGCUUUGGAAGGGCAGAAAGAGAACCGCUGGACCUCUGGGUCCCCAGCCCCUGGCCACAGCCCAUUUCUAGCUUCCAUUCUGGAACUUCACAGACUCAAUCCUAUGGGAGGCCUCACUAGAUCAGAAGCUGCAUGGAGGGACAUUGAGCAUUCUAGGAAUUCCUGGGCUUCUGCGCCUCCAUCUCUGGCCCUCAGCCCAUCCCCAGCUCUUAAAUUUGAGCCCCUCAGAGCUAGCCCCAUGGGGGUCCUGUUUGAUUCUGAGGAUAGAUGUGGGGAUAUAAAAAGGAGAAAAAACUCCUGGGCCUCUGAGCUCCCAGCUUGCAGCUUACCCCAAGACCCACAUAGAGCCAGAUCCUUGGGAGCCCUGUCUGACUCUGAGCCUAUUGGGAGGAACAAGCAGCAGAAAGAAACCUGUUGUGUUCCUGGGUCCCCACUAUGGGGCCCCAGCUCACCUUCAAACUCUAAGUCAAAGUCUCACAUAAGUGAGCCUCCUGGAGACCAACAUACCUAUAAGCCGAAGGGGGAAACAGUGGAGCAGAGAGACAACUGCUGGGCCACUGAGCUCCCAACCCCAACCCCCAGCUCUCUCUCUGCCCCUCUACCAGAUCCACAUACUGACUCUGACUUUGUGUGGAGGAAUGUGCAACCAAGAGGGAUCCCCCAGGGCUCUAGUCCUCCAGCAGUGGAUCCCCUGCACCCAAAACCCUGGCCUGCCACCUUAGCUAAAGCUCUGAAGAUUGAGCCCAACCAGCCUGACCUACCCAAGAGAAAACUGUUUCCAGAGACUAAGGCAAAGACUCCAUCCUCCCAGGGAGAGGCUGUCCCAGAGGUGCCCCCUAACUCUGGGAUCCAGGCCUGGCACUGGAGUACAGAGUUGGAACUCAGGCUGAAAAAACUACAGCAGAGCCCUGCUUCCAGAUCCCCUGACCCAGGUCAGUUGUUUGGCAGCAACUCUGCACUGAGCUCCACAACUCCAGGCUCCUGGAGACUCUCUUCCUGCCCCCCACAGCAGAAUCGUCCCUCUAAUUUGUGCCCCCACUCUUCAAGCUGUCAUCCCUCCAAAAUUAACAGCCCACAUCAGCCUGUCCAGAUCUCCCACUACCACUCACACUCUUCUUCCCAGCCACAGCCACAAGGGUCUGGCAGGGCCAAACAAGGGUCUCAGACAGAGGAAAGAAUGAAGAUGAAGAUAGUAGCUGAGGUCUCGUGCCAGGAGCCAUAUGCUUGCAUGGAGACUGGUGAGAACUACUCAAACCUAAGCAAGUCCUCAAACCCUGAGGUUCCUGCCUCAGGUAAGAGACAGAACAAGGCUUCAGCCCCAUCUUCAGCCAAAAAGAGAGAGAGCCCCAGGAAACCCAAAGCAGGAGACUACAGAAGAGGGGAUGCAAGAUUGGAGUCAUCCACAGUUACAGGGAAAAGCUACCCAGCCCAGGCAAGACGACCAGUAGAAGCCCCUGUAAGCAGACUUUCCCAAAGACCUCAGCACCAAGACCAGAACUCUCUACACAUUGCUCUUCCUCACCACCUUCACUCUAAGGCUGCAGGUCCCCAAAUUCAGCGAGGAGCCGGGCUGGGAGCUGGUCACAUCCUGACCCCUCAACACUCUAAGCACUGCCCUUGGGCCCACAUGGAAAAGCAUUUCUCCUCCCCCACACCUCAGAUUCCCCUUACCAAGGGUCUCCAAAGAAUGUUAGCCAAGUUUCUGGUCACCCAUGGCCCCUGCCAACCAAAACUGUAAGAGGAAAGGCUGGUAGUACUGGCACCCAAUACCCUAAGAUUUGAAGCCAAACCAGUUGUGGGGUGGGGAGAGGAAAUCCUAAUAAACUAGGUUAACUAGACCAAUCCCUCUCACGUCAUCUUUGGAGUCUGUGGUACUGAGAAUAUCAGCUCCCUAUUAACUUCUGCUAUAGCUGUACUACCUCAGGAUCUGAGAAUUAGAGAGCUCAGGAUUUUGCAGGCUUAAUUAACUUUUCAAACCCUUCAGA